ACAAAACGCGUAUUUUUUACUCAAAAUGUUCACUGCAUUGUUUAAAGACCUUCGAUCUUUCGCCGUUAGUAAUAUAGCAUAUUUUCAAAACGGUAAAAGUAAUACACACGCCAAAUUUCAUGCGGCAUUUUGUUUAUUACACGAACACAUUGACCGAGGUAUUCAGCCGACAGUAGAGCUGAUCGCUCCACGUUUGCCCGAGUACGAUCUAUCGCCAGACGUUCAAGCAAAUGGAUUUAGGAGCAUCAUCAAAAUUAUCCACAAAUGCUGCCUCCACAUUCUACAGCUGGUACGCCAUAUUCACGUUAAUCGAGAAUCCAUGUUUUUCCGAUCAUCUCACUAUAGUUCGGAGUUGGAGGCUUACGUCGAGACGCUGGGGCAACUCCGUGCGUGCCUAGAGCAUGCAUAUAAACUCAUGGACUUCUGUAAAGAUGGGAGUUUGUUUGCGGACGAGGAGAUGAUCGAUGACGCUAUAGCAGAGGAGCUUACACAACAAGUGGAAAAGCUGAGCCAGGAAUGUUUUUAUGGCAGGACAAUGGGUUUUCAGUUUUGCAGCUCUAUGCAGACGCCGCUAAGCACAGUUGGUGUGACAAUGGCCUCCUUCAGUGAAAACUACUUGGACAAUAAGUCACAGCUAAGGCAGUUUGCUGGCACUGUACUAAGUAGUAGAAAGUAUCUUCUGAAUCCUGAGCUCCGUGCACGACAGAUAUGUGCAGUGACAAGGAUGGCCGAUGUAAGGUUUUGUAAAGCAUUCUGGUCCAUCACAGAAUCAGGGAUCAUGCAGCAGUUACCAACAUUCGUGUGUCCAUCAGUGCAGGUGAAUGAAGUGCUGGUACUGCCACCAGAACCUUUUGAAAUAGAGGCUUCUGAGGGAAAAGAAACUGUGACAAUUACGCCUCCCUGUGCCCAUACUGGCCACGGUCCAGUGAAUGUCCGCCUGUUCUCCAGCGAGUAUAGAGUGGGUCAGCCAAGGAAGUCAACCAAACCGCUCCCCAAAAAAGCUGUACCACUGCCCUUGUCUCCUUGUCUUCUGGUCCACUGUCAUGGAGGGGGAUUUGUGGCCCAGUCUUCAAAAUCACAUGAGGUGUAUCUACGACAGUGGGCCAAGGACCUAAAUGCGCCAAUCCUGUCUAUUGACUACUCACUGUCUCCAGAGCACCCCUUCCCCCGAGCAUUGGAGGAGUGUUUCUAUGCUUAUGCCUGGGCAGUAAAAAAUUGUCGCAGUCUUGGCUCGACAGGGGAGGUAAUCUGCUUAGCAGGUGACAGUGCUGGAGGCAACCUAAUGAUCUCCACAGCAAUGAGAGCAGCCUCAUUUGGAAUCCGAGUCCCAGAUGGGAUUGUGGCAGCGUAUACACCUGUGUUGGUCCAUUAUACACCUUCACCCUCUCGCAUGCUGUCACUAAUGGACCCACUCUUGCCUGUUGGUAUUCUAGUCCGCUGCAUGGCAGCCUAUGCUGGUAUUCCAAAUGACUUCCUUGAUCAGAGGCGUAGUAGUCGUGAUAUAGAAGAAGAGUUUGUUGUCAUAGAAACAGUGGACUGUGAAGAAAACAGCCCAUCCAGUGACUCCUAUAGUCACGAUGAUGGCUCUUCAGUUGACAUUCUCAAUAGAGUUACUUCACUUGAAUCUCUUGACUCCGACCUGGGUUUUCCUGUGUUAACAAAUAAUCAUACACAGAACCAAGGUGAUACAGACUCUGCUGUUAUUGUGGAGAAUGAUCAAGUUCAGUCUGAUAGUGUUGCUGUAGAUGCCAGCUCUCAAGAUCAGUCAGAUGCUGAGGUCAGUGAAAUUGCUUCCCCGGACGAAUUCAACAGUGUAUGUCUGGACACAAGUGGAGGCAGCUCUUUAGCUACCUCUACUCUUGGAGAUCUUCCCUUGGAUGAAAAGCCAAAUAACUCUCAAAAACAACUGUCCAAUCUAGAAUUGGCAAACAGUGGACAAACUGUCCCCACUCUUCGUCAGUCUUUGCACCUCAGUCUGCCUAGCUCUCCCACCAAACAUGGAAACAAAUUUCCAAUUAGUCCUAGCAUGCCAGCUAUUGGUAUUUCUGACCGUCUUGGGUACAAGAAAGGAUUCAGCCCAGUGUAUGAGGCUAGACACCACAUAGAGAGUCCUGUGCGUAUAUUCCGUAGUCUUCCAAUUGUCAAAAACCCAUACAUGUCCCCUAUGGUAGCCCCAGAUGAGAUGCUGGCAUUUCUUCCUCCACUGUAUCUUGUGGGUUGUCACCUUGACCCACUGUUGGAUGAUUCUGUGAUGUUUGCACGGAAAUUAAGAAGUUUAGGUAGGACAGUAGACCUACACAUGAUUGAAGAUCUUCCUCAUGGCUUUCUCAACUUUAGUCUAGUCAGUGCGGAGGCCAAACUUGGCUCCGAUGUCCUUGUUGACAAGAUCCGCAAAGUUUUCCAUUCUUCACUAAAAGAGGAGCAGAAUGAAAUGGUUUCUGAAAAUUUGUCUUCUCAUUGA